UUUAGUUACAUAUAUUUGAGUGUCAUAAUAAAACACCUGAAAUCCGAUGUCGAAACCGCCAACGAAAACGACGCAACAAAGAACCGGUCUUAAAACAACAACAGGAACCACAUUGAAAAAAACCACUGUGAAUAACCCACCAAAAACUACAAGUGGAGCUACCAAAGUAAACUCACAACUUAAAACGACCCCCGAUACAGCCGCCGCAAGUCGAGUUCUAGAAGAGAAAUACAAGCUUAAGAGCAGCAGUCAAUCACGUAGAGUCGACCCAUCCCCAAUUGCCAAGACACGAACUCCGCGCGAUGUUAAGCUGAAAACCACCCCACCAAGUAAAAUAUUGAGCACAUCCCGAGCCGCUCCGAAAAUAGCUGACAGGCAGAAUGCACCAGAGCCAAAGAAACGCAUUACAGCAACGUCAAUCAAGAGUAGCGUCAAUGAAAAGCCAACGCGGGUUAAGCAUAGCCCUGGUAUUGAGGCAAACGUCAAGAAGAAGCAGUCCAAAGCCAUUAAAGCCAAUGCCGUGCUCGAUACAUAUCACAAUGUAACGGUUGCCUCCCCACCACCGCGCCGUAAAGAAUUCGCCGCAGAGUCAUUCAAUGACAGCGUUGUACCCGUCGAAAAUGAUGAGCAACCGAAGCGUGUCCGCACCCAUUCCUUGAAAGAUGAAGAAAUCAUUGUUUUGCGUACCGAUUCAGCAAAGCAAAGAAUAGAGCAACAGAUACUAUCAGACGUGACAACAAGGGAAACAAGAGCUGCAAGGAAAUUACCCGCAGUUGAAAGGGAAGUACAGAGAACUGUUGUCAAAGAACCAGUAGCUUUCGACGUAGCCUUCGGUGAGCCGUUGAAAAGUAUAAAAUCAGUCCCAAAACCAGAAGAGGCCUCAGGAACUCAAGUUUCGGUUAAUGGUAAUGAAGCUAAAGAUAGUGAUCCCGAUAACUACUCAGACGAUUUUGAGUCAUAUGAGUCGGAUUUUGACACCGAAACGUCGACUCAAAAUGGUUCAAUUGGGAAUAGUGAGAACGACUCGUCGGCAAGUGGUGCCGGCAGCGAAGAUGAAGGCAACAGCAUAAGUCCUAUAUCUUCAUCAUCUGGGGAUGAAAAAGCAAAAAAUAGGGAGGAAAUGCAUGCUAUUAAUAGCGACGAUGAGGAAGAAUCUGAAAUAACCCAAUAUCCUAUCACAGUAAUUCAUCGCGAUAAGGAUACCGAACGAAAACUGGACUCAGGAAACUACGAAAUGAACUCACGUAAACAUCCAAAGCUUUCUGAGAUCAACACUCAAAUGGGUGAAAGGCCUUUUGACAGCAUGGACACUUCGUAUAGCGUUGCUUCAACAGACCAGCUGGACUCGGGAAUCAGCGGCUAUACUGUAACGAAUAAAGUUCAAGCAGAAGUCGACCAAUUCGGUGGAAUUAGGAGCACUUAUGGCGGUUAUACUGGUUUUAAUACCAGACCAAUCGUGAGUAAAAGGGGCGUAGAACUAAUGAACAAAAUUCAAUUCGACAUUUUGACCUUUUCGCUGUUCGAAUUAAAGCCCAUAAGCUACGAUAUUUAUAUGCAAACAUACGGCACACUCAAUACUACGCAGUGCUCGACACAAACUAACGACAAUCGUAUGUCUAGUGAAUGUCAGACGGACGGAUAUGAAAUGCGCACCAUGUGGACACAACAUCCGCCACAAUUCGAUUUGCAAACAGUGCAAAAACUUAGCUCAGGCCUGAAUGGUACAUCGGCGAUACAAAACUGUUGCGGCGAGUCUCCGACAGACGAAUACAAAGCGAUCUGCUGUUCAAAGUCUGAUGUCUAUGAUUAUAGUUUGCAACAGUUAGCCAUUAUUCGUCAAAGCAAAACCAACCGGAUCGUUAGCGAACAACUGAAAAGUAUGUACAAACCGGUGGAUUUCGAGCGAUUAAACUCAUUUUUACUUCGUGCUACCAGCCUAAUAUCGAGAGUUCUCAGUUCGGCGCAAUCAGAUACUAGUCAAGUGGGACAAAUUAGGAAACUGGAACAGUACCAAAGUAACCUACAGGCAAUUAGCAAAGGCUACAUUCCUUUGGACACUAAACUUUUAAAUGCUUUGCGUGUAGUACGUGUAUUCGCAAGCGCGCGACAUGAUCUUAUCAUUACAGUGCAUGUGAGUCUGCCAGACGCAGACGUCUAUCAAAGAGACUUUUCUCACCUUCUUAUGGUGUGGUCAACCAACGAAUGCUCACAACCAUUGCGGUUGCUUUCUACGUGGAGCGAGGUUUGCCGCGCCGAAAUCUGCAACGACUGCUCAGAUAUCGUCAUUUGUGGACUGCAUGAUGGCAGUAUUGCAAUGUGGGAUCUGCGUGAAACAUACUCUUUCUGCUCCAAAUUGGAUGGAUAUCUGACGCACUUUGCUGCAACGCAGUCCGUGGUUCCGACAUGGGAUACCAAUACAAGCCAACAGCAAAAACUUGUCGACCUUGGCGCAGUGAUAGAUUUACGUAGUUUUCUAACACCUCCGAAAGCAACAACUACUAUAGGGCCGUAUAGACAAAUACAGUUCGCUGCGUUAAACGACAGUGGUAUCUUGUCGAUUUGGACGCUGGUGGAAACUAGUGCGAGGCCGUUUGAAUUUGACAUACCGAAAACAGUUAAUUCCCACCACCAUCAGCAGUACAGCUCAGCUUCUAAGUCAAGUUUUCAAUUUGAGUACAGUUCACCUUGGGCACGUGUCAAACUGAUUCAGAGUGCUAUCUGUGAUCUACGCGACUACUUAGAAAGUGGUUCGCGCCGCGCACAAACCCAAUUCGAAAAAACUAAAUUAUUGUUCCAAAAAGAACUUUACAGUGAUGAGGUUUUACGAGAACUAAACAGUACGCAGAAUAUGCUGCGACAAAGCCAACAACUGCAGGGGCUUCGCUUCACUGGUAUCGAUACCGGUAGCGAACGCAUCUAUGUAUGCAUUAACCGAAACUUUGUACUGACCUGUUCGAAGAGUCUAAAAACAGAACGUUUUCGUAAAAUUAACAUCAGCGAGGGCGGUUUCCUCUUUCCAACAAGCUUGAAGGUGCUGACCAACGAAAAUUAUCUCGCGGUAGGCCUUUCGAACGGAUCAGUGAUGAUUGUCAACUGCAACCAGCAAACAUUUUCCUCUCAACGCUUUAGAGAUGGAGGGGGCUUGGAGACUGCAUACUCAAGGGAAGAAAACUGUGGUAUUAAUACACCUCAAACACCUGACAUCGAUCCAGACACUGGAAAAUCUUGUGCCAUUCAGAACAUUAUACUAAAUGAGAGGCGACAGCUGGCAAACGAAGGCAAUAGCCACACUACCCAAUAUGACACGCGACCAUCCACAGCCGCUUGCAUUGCGUUGAUAAACAAUCAAAAGCGACCAUUUGAGUUGCGAGUCUAUGACCAGCAAAUAAUAAUGAUCGGCUCUGCAUUGCGCAAGGACUUAGUGCAAUCGCUAGAACUGUCACGUGAUGGCUGGCGACUUUUUGCGCUCAUUAAUGGACAAAUACGAACAUAUGAUUUUUAUUUGGAUCGCGAAAUCGGAGAAGAGUUAGUAGAUGCAAAUACCCAGCGUGUUAGGGAUAUAGCGGUGGCCAAAAAUUCACAAAAUGAUAGUCAUCUUAUUAUAUUAGAUGAAGAAAAUGAAGUAAAA